AUGUCGUCCACCGAUUACAAGUUCGAGGGCUGGAUGGGCCUGGACAACCAGUCCAUCGGCAACAUGGUCUGGAAGGAUUUCAAGCCCAAGGAGUGGGAGGAAACGGACGUCGAUAUUAAGAUCACUCACUCCGGUAUCUGUGGUUCGGACCUGCAUACUCUGCGAAGCGGAUGGGGCCCCUCCAGGUACCCCUGCUGCGUCGGCCACGAGAUCGUGGGGAUCGCGGUCCGUGUCGGCUCCAAGGCCGAGGGUGGCAUCAAGGUCGGUGAUCGCGUCGGCGUCGGCGCGCAGAACGACUCCUGCCUGGGCCGCAAGGGCGACUGCGAGGAGUGCGCCUCGGGUCUGGAGCAGUACUGCGUCAACAUGGUCGGCACCUACAACGCGGUGCACUUCAACGGCGACAAGUCGUACGGUGGCUAUGCGCUGUACCACCGGGCUCCCUCGCACUUCGUCAUGAAGAUCCCCGACGCCAUUCCCUCCGCCGAGGCCGCGCCCAUGCUGUGCGGUGGCGUCACCCUCUACUCCCCCCUGAAGCACUACGGCUGUGGCCCUGGCAAGAAGGUCGGUGUCAUCGGUAUCGGUGGCCUGGGCCACUUUGGUAUCCUGUUCGCCAAGGCCAUGGGUGCCGACAAGGUCGUUGCCAUCUCCCGCAAGGCCAACAAGAAGGAGGAUGCGCUGAAGCUCGGUGCCGAUGAGUACAUUGCCACCGACGACGACCAGGACUGGGCCAAGAAGCAUGGCCGCUCUUUGGAUCUGAUUGUUUCCACCGUUUCGUCCUCCAAGAUGCCCAUCGUACAAUACGCUUCGCUUCUGCGCACCAACGGCGCCUUCGUCCAGAUGGGCGCCCCCGAGGACGGUGCUCUGGAGAUUCCCGCCAUGUCCCUGAUCUCCCGCAGAAUCAGAAUGGGCGGGUCCCUGAUCGGUAGCCCCAGCGAACUGAGAGAGAUGCUGCAGCUGGCGGCCGACAAGGGCGUCCACCCCUGGAUCCAGGAGCGAUCCAUGAAGGACGCCAACCAGGCCGUUCUCGACAUGGACGCCGGCAAGGCUCGCUACCGCUACGUCCUCGUCAACGACCAAUAG